AUGAAGGUUUUCAUCGUUCUGUCUGUGGCGGUAGCCCUCGUUGCCGGUGCGGCUGUUGACUCCGAGAGUAAAAAGAUCGAGAAACGUGGCCUGUACGAGCUGGAAGACCACGAUGACAUUGUUGACUUUGAUGACCACCACGUGGGCAAGGAGGUGACCAUCACCAAGAAAGUGCCCGUUUACAUCGAGAAGAAGGUCCCCGUGUAUAUCGAGAAGAAGGUUCACGUUGAUCGGCCAGUGUACGUGCCGUACAAGGUUCCGGUGGAAGUUCCCGUAGUGCACAAGGAGUACGUUGAAGUCCCCAAGCCAUACGCGGUGCACGUAGCCAAGCCGUACCCGGUCAUCGUGAAGAAGCAUAUCUACGUCGAAAAACCAGUGGGAUUGUCGGUGCACAUCAAGCAUCGCAAGCAUUAA